UUCUUUCUUUCUUUAUUUACAAGCUCUAGCAAACCACUCAUUCAUUCUUAUCUUGGUGAAUAAGGAGGAAACAGAAAAAAGAAAAUUGAAGAUAAUGGACAGAGCACAAGAGGAGCUUCAAUUUCUGGGGUUCUUUGGAAUCUUCAGAGAGUCCUUCAAGAUCAUAUUUUCAAGGAAAAAACUCUUCAGCCAAAUCACUCUAGCUCUCAUCCUCCCACUCUCUUUCAUCUACCUAGCUCACAUCCAAAUCUCCGACCUCCUUUUCUCUAAAAUCAUAGACCACAAUCAGGCCUUAGAGAAUACACAAAAGAACUCUACUAACUAUGAAAAGCUUUCUCAUCACAUCUCUGCUGAAAGGGCUUAUUUAUGGCUCUUCGAAAUAGCCUACUUUACCAUCCUCCUUAUCUUAUCCCUCCUUUCCACCUCUGCAGUUGUUUACACAGUUGCAUGCAUCUUCACAGCCAAAGAAAUCACCUUCAAGAAGGUCAUCAGUGUUGUUCCAAAGGUAUGGAAAAGACUUAUGGUCACUUUUCUAUGGAGCUUUGCCAUUCUCUUUGUUUACAACAUUGUUGCAAUAGUAAUAAUCUUCAUGUUAGCAGUCUUUUUCUUAAAUAGUGUGAUUGGAAUUGUGAUUAUAAUAAUUCUUGUGAUCUUAUACUUGAUGGGGUUCGUUUAUAUAAGCAUAGUUUGGCAAUUGGCAAGUGUGGUAUCGGUUUUAGAAGCUAUUAGGGGAAUUCAAGCUAUGAAGAAGAGCAAGACUUUGAUAAAGGGUAAGAUGGGAGUUGCAGUUGCUUUCUUUAUCCUGCUUUAUACUUGUUUUGUUGGAAUUGAUUUGGUUUUUGAGUAUAUUGUUGUGGGGGAGAAUGUACCGGACAUAGCAAUCAGAAUUGUAGUUGGAAUUCUUUCCUUCUUAUUCCUAUUCAUGCUCAUUCUCAUUGCUCUUGUUGUCCAAACGGUUGUCUACUUCGUCUGCAAAUCAUAUCAUCAUCAAACCAUCGACAAGUCUGCUCUAGCGGAUCAUCUUGAGGCCGUUUAUCUUGGGGACUAUGUACCUCUAAGGAAGAAUGUCCAAUUAAGUGACACGCAUGCCUAGCUAAACUACUAGUGAAAAACAAAAACAAAAAUAGUAGUCUUUUUGUUUAUUUCUAGCGGAUCAUCUGGAGUUUUAUUAUCUUGGCUAGUUUGUAUGUACCUCUAAAGGUCAAGGCUAUCGAACAAGUGGAGUUUCAUGUCUAGCUCAAAUUGUAAUGGUGAAAAACAAUCUUGCUUAUGUUGUAAUAUAUUAUAUAUACAUGAUAAUGAAUUAUCUUAUUGAUGCA